AUGUUUCAAUAUCUUUUCAAUUUAUUAGGAUCUUGGCGUAUUGCUGCAUCUACCUCAGCUGCUGAAUCGUUUUUUGAUUUAUUUGAUCGAAAACCAGCUAUCGACAAUACAUCUAAUGAAGGACAAGAAUUGGUUGACUUUCGUGGUGAAAUAAAAUUUGAUGCAGUUAAAUUUAUCUAUCCAACUCGUCCAACAUCUAUUAUUCUUAACAAAUUUCAAUUGAAUAUCAAACCAAGUCAACGUGUGGCUCUUGUUGGUGCAUCUGGAUGUGGAAAAUCAACAAUAAUUCAACUAUUAGAACGAUUCUAUGAUCUUACUAGUGGUCAACUACUGCUUGAUGACGUUGAUAUUCGACAACUAAACAUUCAUUGGGUUCGUUCUCAAUUUGGUCUUGUCAGUCAAGAACCAAUUUUGUUCGAUUUAACAAUUGCUGAAAAUAUAGCAUAUGGAUUAGAAAAUGUUCCAAUAGAAGACAUUAUCAAUGCAGCAAGUAGAGCUAAUAUUCAUGAAUUUAUUGAUCAAUUACCUCAGAGUUAUGAAACAAAGGUAGGUUUCAAAGGUAGUUUUCUGUCAGGUGGUGAGAAACAACGUAUUGCAAUUGCUCGAAUUCUUCUUCGUCGACCUAAAGUAUUGCUCUUAGAUGAAGCUACAAGUGCCAUGGAUUCAUAUAAUGAACAAAUUGUACAAGAAGCUCUUGAACAAGCUCAAACAGAAGAUCCUAAUCGAACAUCACUCAUCAUUGCACAUCGUCUUUCAACUAUUCGUUCAUGUGAUUUGAUUUGUGUACUUGAUAAAGGACAUAUAGUGGAAAGUGGUACUCAUAUAGAAUUGAUACAACAACGUGGUGUUUAUUAUAGAAUGCUUACUCAGAAAAACAAUUUACAAUAA